UAACAAAAUUUAUAAUAGUAAAUUUAAUUUCAUAUUUAUACAUGUACUAUGACAAGAUUCUGACGUACUCAGAUUAAUUAAUUUUUUUUAUAAAAUAAGUAUGUUUCUAAUUUAUUAUUUCAUUUUUAUUAUCUGGACAAAUAAUACAAAUGAAUAAUGAAAUUGGAAAAACUGUACAUAGUAUUUGCGAAGUUAAUAUAGAUGGGAAAAUGUCAUUGGUUAGCUUAUAUGAUGAUUUACCACAUUUUGAAUACGACGAAACUAUUGACAAACUUAAAGAGUCUAAUAUUAAAUGUCAAAAUAUUAUUAAAGAGUUGAAAGAUAAAAUAAAAAAUCUAGAAGAUGAAAAAUUACAUAUGAAAACUAUUAACUCAAUAUUGUCAAAGAAUAUAACUUCAUUGUACAAAACUGCUUGUAGUGAAAUUCGUAGAAAAGAUAAUAUGAUUAGUGAAUUGCGUAUAAGAUCUCCAGUAAUAUCACAUACACUUCCAAAUUUUUAUCAAAAAUCUGUAACCCAAAGUCAUGUAUGUAAUUCUUCUGAAAAGACAGAUAAAUCUAAAAUUGAAAUAGAAACACCAAAAGUGUUUAAAGAAAAUAAAGAUCUCUGUUCAAAUUCAGUAACAAUUAUUCCAAAUAAAGAUAUACCAAAAACUAUUUACUAUAAAAGGUUAUGUCAAAAAUUAAUUCAAAAUAACACUAAAGAUACCUUAAAAAAUGUUGCUAGUCAGAAUUCUACAUUAGUAGAGAAAAUUGAUAAUAAUUAUAAUAUAAAAAAACCACACAUGAUACAAGAAGAUGAUCUUAUAACUACUAAUACAAACAUAACUUUGGAAGAAUUCUCUAUGUCUACUGAUGCAUCAAAAGCAAACCCUAAUUCAACUUUGGUUAUUUGUGAAUCUGAUGUUACCCAUAGUGAUGGAGAAAUUAAUACUUCUGUAGUUAGUUCUAGUUUUACUUCUGAAAAUGGAAAACAAAAUACAUCAGAAUCAUUUUUUUCAAAAUUAAAACAACCAAUCAGAUCAAAAAAUAAAAUAGUUAUAACUCCAGCAACAAUUGGAGUUAAAAACAGUUGUGAAACUAUUAAAUAUGAUGAAAAAGAUCAAUUGCCAUUAGAAACCCUCAAAAAUACAAAUACUGAAUUGAAUAUUUUAAAAAAUGAUAAACAUUUGUAUGACACUUAUAGAAAUUCAAGUAUAGAUGAUAAAUCAAUAACAAAUAGAAACUUUACCUCUCCUAGUAAAACAAAUAUUUCUGAAAUAUCUAAUACACCAAACCUUGUUGAAAAUCAAAUACCAUCUAUAAAUAUUGAGGUUGAACAAGUUCCUAUAUUCCGAAAAAGAACUGUUAGAGUUAAAAAUGUUUUUUCUCCAGGAUCUAUAAAAUCAGAGUCUACACUAAUUACACCUGACUCAAGUCAAUCUGUUGUUCACAAAACAUCAAAUAUGAAAUAUUUAUCAGUUGUAAAUGACUCUAAUUCAGAUUUAUCUGAUUCUUCAUUGAAAAACUCUGCUGCUAGAAAGAAGUAUACAAUUGAAAAUAAAUUAAACAAAGAAAAAUUACAUGGAGAUUUGAAAAUUACCAAACUAUUACAAUAUUCUGUUAACAAAUUAAGCACUUCUAAUGAUGUAAUUGAUUUGAAGAAAAUUAGUGAACCAUCAAUUAACAUUGAAGUAGAGCAAGGUAGGAAUUUCAAAAGAUUUAAAAGAAAAGUUAUUGUCUGCCAUAACAAUAAUAAUUUAAAUGAAAAAAAUCAAGAUAUUAAAAAAGGAAGACGAGUAAAAUUGAUUACGAUUCAAGAUCACUGUUCUAAAACUCUAACUAGCUUUAAUGGUGCUAAAAAAACAGAGAUUGAUGUUAGUAAAAAUUUAGUACAAUCAGGAAAAGUAGUUGAGAGUAGUAGUCAUUUUUAUGUUCCACAAUUAAAAAGAAAAAGAACAAUUUGUUUUGGGAAUGCUGAUAUGUAAUCUAAAUAUUUUAUGAUUGUUUUUCAUGAUUUUAAAUUAUAAUUAAUUUUGAAUAGCCACAUUUAUACUAUCUAAGAGUAUUUAUCUAACUUAUAUAUUGAUUGUUUUAACUAAAGAAAGUUUGUUAUUUAUAAUCAUAAACAAAAAUAAUGUUUAUUCUGCUUUUGCAUCUUUAAAAAGGUAUAGUAAAAAUCCUGUAAAAUCUUAUAAAUAAAACUGUAUAAUGUUGACUAAUAUGCUCUUUGCCAUUAUACUA